CAUUUCAAGCGCUGCCAGUGAGGGUCAGUGAGUAAAAUGAGUUCUACAAACUCCCUCGAUUCAUACUGCGGCGUUACAGCUGAUAAUAAAGAUGAAAUGGUGAAGGAAAUUGCCAAAGUAAAGUCCGAAAAGAUGGCCUUACUCAAGAGUGUAGUUGCAAUGAUGAAGAAAAGAGGAAUCCAGUUCUGGUUGGAUUCUGGGACACUUCUUGGAGCUUACAGAAAUGGRAAAAUGAUUCCMCAUGACUUUGACAUUGAUCUCUCCGUCUUUGGAGAAGAUGACUUGAACGCUGCUCACGAGGUUCUCGAAGCAAUCAAGCCAGACAACUACCACGUCAGAAAAGGACAUCAUAAUCCCGAUUCAGUCAAAGUGUGUAAGAAAGUAGAGAUCUUCAAGGAGGUAAACGGUGGUUAUAACUGCACCCAUCCAAGUAAUGUAUCCAUGGAUAUCAUCAUGUACGAUUACGCAGAUGUCAACAGAAGUCUUAUCAAGACAGAGUACUUUGGCUUUAAUUUGGAAAAGAACCGAUACAAACCUGAAUGGCUUUUCCCUCUAGGAAAACUGAAGUUUGAAGAUAUGGAACUUCCGGUCCCCAAUGACCCUGAAGCCUGGCUGACAGAACAAUAUGGCUACCUUGGACCAGACUGCUACUACGACGAAACCGUGCACAAGUACCGGAAACGGCCCGCUGCAUGGUGAUAUGAAAUAGAUAGAGCAAAGAAUACGGAAUCAUAAUUAUAGAUUUAUUGCAAUUAAUUAACACUGGUAAAGAAUGCUCAUCUAGGAGGGUUUUUUUUCACGCCUUUCAUAAGCUCGUGGCGACUGCGCAAUAUUUAUCAGGAGGGAAG